AGUUCGCUCUGGCAGCGCAAGCGGGAGCAAAAGCUUGGCUGGGUUGCGGCUGCAUGCAGGGGUUGCGGGACUAAGUGCUGUGGAGCGGAGAAUGUUGCUGUUUCUCCUCUUGACCACCUUCCCAGCAUUCCUGUUAACGGCAAAGAUGUCCCCACUGAUAGAGAAAAUUAGCGACCAGAAGGACUUUAAGAAGCUCCUGAGAACCAGGAAUAACGUCUUGGUGCUAUAUUCAAAAUCUGUGGCUGCUGCUGAAAGUUCUCUGAGGUUAUUGUCCGAUGUAGCCCAAGCAGUGAAAGGCCGAGGUACUAUAUCAUGGAUAGAUUGCAGUGAUUCAGAGAGUCGAAAACUAUGCAAGAAGAUGAAAGUUGACCCUAGUCUUAAGAAGAAAGGUGUAGAAUUACUACAUUACAAGGAUGGAACAUUUCACACUGAAUAUAACAGAGCACUCACGUUGAAGUCAAUGGUGGCCUUUCUAAAGGAUCCAGAAGGUGCACCGUUGUGGGAAGAGGAUCCUGAAGCCAAAGAUGUUGUCCAUGUGGACAGUGAGAAGGAACUUAAAAGGCUUCUGAAGAAGGAAGAUAGGCCUUUGCUGCUGAUGUUCUAUGCCCCUUGGUGCGGAGUUUGCAAAAGAAUGAUGCCAUCUUUCCAGCAGGCAGCCACAGAACUGAAGGGCAUGUAUGUUCUUGCAGGGUUGAAUGUCUACUCAUCUGAAUUUGAAAGAGUAAAGGAAGAAUACAGUGUUCGGGGAUACCCAACCAUCUGCUACUUUGAAAAAGGAAAAUUAUUCUUCAACUUUGAGAAUUAUAGUGCGACAGCAAAGGACAUUGCUGAAUGGCUGAAAAAUCCUCAGCCACCUAAGCCACAGACACCCGAGGCUCCCUGGUCAGAAGAGGAUAAUGCUGUUUAUCACCUAACGGAUGAUGACUUUGACAAGUUUGUGAAGGAGCAUCCUUCCGUGUUAGUGAUGUUCUACGCACCAUGGUGUGGGCACUGCAAGAAGAUGAAACCAGAAUAUGAGAAGGCAGCAGAGAUUCUCCAUGCUGACGGUGAUAGAGCUGGGGUCCUGGCAGCAGUAGAUGCCGCUGUCAACAAAGCCAUCGCAGAAAGAUUUCUCAUAUCAGGAUUUCCAACUCUCAAAUACUUCCAGGAUGGUGAGGAAAAAUACACUCUUCCGCACCUUCGAACAAAGAGUAAAAUUAUAGAAUGGCUCCUAAACCCUCAGGCACCGCCUCCACCAGAACCAACUUGGGAAGAAAAGCAAACAAGUGUUAUCCACCUUGCUGGUGAAGACUUCAGGGAAUUUUUGAAGAAAAAGAGACAUGCCCUUGUCAUGUUCUAUGCCCCAUGGUGCCCACACUGUAAAAACUCCAUUCCACAUUUUACCACUGCUGCAGAACUUUUUAAAGAAGAUCGAAAGAUUGCCUAUGCUGCGGUGAAUUGUGCCAAAGAACAGAACCAUGACUUGUGUAAGCAGGAAGGUGUGGAUGGUUACCCAACCUUUAACUAUUACAACUAUGGGAGAUUUAUAGAAAAAUAUAAUGGAGACAGAGCGGAAUCUGGAUUUUCCAGUUUCAUGCGAACGCUCAGAGAAAGAGACCAUGAAAGGAUAGGCAAGAGGAAAGAUGAGUUGUAAUUUCUGCCUCAGAAGAUAAUUUCCACUGCACUGUGAAUGGUCUCAGAGCCACUGGUACAAUGCCUGAGAUUUCACUUUUAAAAACAGACUUUUUUUCAAUAUUCAGCCAUUGCCAUUUUCUACAAUUUUGAAAUAAAGUGAAAUCAUUUGAUUUUUUAAAGAAAAAUUAAUGACGUCAUUGUUGCCAUAUUCUGUUACGGGGAACAAAAAAAAAAAAAGAGCAUUUCCUCUCCAUUUUAUGCACCUAUGCCCGUUGAUUCUCCUAUGCAAUCCUUUUUGUAAUCUGUAGGUUUGAUAGCGAUUUCUGUUGACAAGGUAAUUUCCGCAUUAUGAAUUUUUGAAGACUAUUAUAUGUGAAAAUGGUUUUGUAGAGGGAAAAAGUAGGGGCCUUUUGAAGUAAAAUGCAAAAAGACACUACCCACCAGAGGCAAGUUCCACUUAAAUUAAUGUACCAUUGUGAAAGAGCAUUAUGGGCCCCUGUGGACUCCAUCUAAAGUCUCUUCAGAUGCAGCUAUGGGGUACAAUUGCACAGUGCUUAUUUCUGGAACCAGGUGUGCUCAUGAGGUGUACGCUUGAUCUGUGUCGUCCACGUGCGUGGGCAGGUGUCAGUCAGCACAUAGUUCUCCCUCCCCUAACUUGACUCUGUGACUGACAGAUGUCUGCAGAGAUAGAGAAGCAAGGGCAGUCCGUCCCAUAGGCACAGUACAACCCCCCCCUUCCCCAAACAGGGCAUGUGUUUCGAGUAGUAGUUGUCAAGAUUACACUGGGUAUAACUGCAACUAAGCCAUCCCCUUUACGGUUUUGCAAAAAAAAAAAAGUUGCACCUUCUUUAUUUUUAAAGUGAUUUGGUAACUCUUUUAAGGUGCUCAGGGAUAAUAGGGAAGUAGUUAAUGAAGAAGCAUUGACCGUUUCAGAUCUUAAAUGACUGUAGUGGUAUGUUGUUGUUGUUUUUAAAUCUGCCGUACCUGAACUGUUUACAUAUCUUUAUAGAAUGUAUGGAUUAUUUCAAGCAAAUGUCUUUUUAAGGCUGGCACACAUCAAGCACCGAAUGAAUCCGAGUGUGUGUUUGUGUUCAUGUCGUCAAAAGCCUCCUGUAAACAUAGGGGAAGGAUAGUGCAAGUGUAACAUUGUUUGUUAAUUUAUCAUCAGACCACAUGAAAAAAAAACGUGUAUUUGCUAAGCACGCUGUUUGAGUGAAUGUUUGACAGAGGCGUCGAUAUUUUUGAUAUCAAGAAAACACCGUGCAACAGUAGUUGUUUACGUUCCAAAGGCUUGUCCCCGCGUGUUAAAUAUGAAGAUAUACAUUUUUCUAUAGAAGCAGGUUUUAAAAAUAAUUGUUUAGUCAUGUCAGCUGUGUAAGAAAAUACUGCAUUACAAGGACUAGCUUGUACAAGUGCAUAACGAUAUGCUGAUUCAGGUGAGGGUGAUUUGGAUAUUGUAUCUUCACUGAGUUUGAUUAUAUUUUUUCAUGAUUUUUCCAAUUUGAUUAAAAAGAAUAAAGCGUUUAAAAGACA